AGAGUUUAUUUCCGUUCGCGAACAUUCGUCCGCCGGCUCUACAACUGAGAAUUAAUUGCUUCUUUCAGCAAGUUAAAACAGCUCUUCUCCUUACAAUAGUAAUCAACUAAGGUAAAAAUCGAAUCAUAACGUUAUUUUGGAAUAACUUAUUUAAUUUGAAUAAAAUAUCUCAGUUUUUAAAUUAACCACGUGCUUUUAAGGCGAACACACUAGUUCGACAUCCGCGACCUUGUUCUUGCAAAGAGAAAAUUAAGUUAUUUAAGCUUAUAAAUUUUUUUUUUACAGCCAUAUAAGAUGUUAAGAGUAUACAGUGCCCUUAGAGCGACUCGCAAAUUCAGUCCAGCUGUUUCAGCAACAUUUAACAGAACUUAUGCCAAAGAUAUCAAAUUCGGUUCUGAUGCAAGAUUGAGAAUGUUGGAAGGCGUAGAUACCCUUGCCGACGCAGUUUCUGUAACCAUGGGUCCAAAGGGUCGUAACGUCAUUUUGGAGCAAAGUUGGGGAAGUCCUAAAAUCACUAAGGAUGGAGUCACCGUCGCAAAAGGCAUCGAUUUAAAAGAUAAAUUCCAAAAUAUUGGAGCUAAAUUGGUUCAAGAUGUUGCCAACAACACAAAUGAGGAAGCCGGUGAUGGUACCACAACUGCCACUGUCUUAGCUAGAGCUUUUGCUCGUGAAGGAUUUGACAAGAUAAGCAAGGGAGCUAACCCAAUAGAAAUCAGAAAAGGUGUUAUGUUGGCUGUACAAAACGUUGUUGAAGAACUGAAAAGUAUGUCAAGACAAGUAACCACUCCAGAAGAAAUUGCACAAGUAGCAACCAUCUCUGCUAAUGGAGAUGUCGCCAUUGGAACCAGUAUUUCCGACGCCAUGAAGAAAGUAGGACGUGAUGGAACCAUAACUGUUAAGGAUGGCAAAACACUUCAUGAUGAAUUGGAAGUUAUUGAAGGCAUGAGAUUCGAUCGUGGCUACAUCUCUCCUUAUUUCAUAAACACAACAAAGGGUGCCAAGGUUGAAUAUCAAGAUGCCUUAGUACUAUUUAGCGAAAAAAAGAUUUCAUCUGUGCAAAGUAUUAUCCCAGCAUUGGAACUGGCUAACACUCAAAGAAAACCACUAAUCAUCAUUGCAGAAGAUAUCGAUGGUGAAGCUUUGGGAACUUUGGUCUUGAACAGACUAAAGGCUGGCCUACAAAUUGCAGCUGUCAAAGCCCCAGGAUUUGGUGACAAUCGCAAAAACACAAUGAAAGAUAUGGCCAUCGCAUGCGGUGGUAGUGUGUUUGGUGAUGAAGCCAACCUAUUUAAUCUAGAAGAUAUUCAAUUACAUGACUUUGGUCGCAUUGGUGAAGUUGUUAUCACAAAGGAUGACACUUUAAUGAUGAAAGGUCAAGGUGAAAAGGGCAAUAUCGAAAAACGUGUUCAACAAAUCAGAGAUGAAAUUGAAGUAACUUCUUCAGAAUACGAAAAAGAAAAGUUAUCUGAAAGAUUAGCCAAAUUAUCAAACGGUGUUGCUGUUAUCAAGGUUGGAGGAUCAAGCGAAGUUGAAGUAAAUGAAAAGAAAGAUAGAUAUACCGAUGCAUUGAAUGCCACUAGGGCUGCCAUCGAACAAGGUAUCGUCCCCGGCGGUGGUGUUGCCCUCAUCAGAUGCAUUCCAUGCCUCGAGAAAGUAAAAGCUCCCAAUCAGGAUCAACAAAUUGGUAUUGAAAUCGUAAAGAAAGCUUUAAGAAUCCCAGCUUUGACAAUUGCUAGCAACGCCGGUGUAGAUGCUCAAGAAAUUGUUAACCGAUUGAUGUCUGGACAAGAAGAUGGCUACGAUGCAAGAACCGGAGAAUUCUGUAAUUUGAUCGAAAGAGGAAUCAUCGAUCCUACAAAGGUCGUUAAAACUGCCCUUACUGAUGCUUCUGGAGUUGCAUCUCUUCUUACAACUGCUGAAGCUGUUGUCGUCGAAUUACCCAAGGAGGAGAAAGAAAUGCCCAUGGGAGGUAUGGGAGGUAUGGGUGGAAUGGGAGGUAUGGGAGGUAUGGGAGGUAUGGGAGGCAUGAUGUAG